AUGCCGCGAAACGGGCAAGAUUCACUCCAACUUGCCAAUCCAUUCCAUGACCCAAAUGAAUUUGUUCCCUUUUCUGCACCACCUCUUUCAACAGGUCGACAAAUUCUUUCUGCUUCUCCUAUCAACCUGCCAACUCCUAACAGUUCUCAGGAAGAGACGAUUAUGAAUCUUCCUUUGGUACCUGGUCCAGUGCCACACCCUAUUCAUCCGCUUUCAACGCCGACGUCAGUUGCUGCUGCAGCUGCAGCAGCUGUGGCUUCUGGAAUGUUUGGAGCGCCUAUCAAUGCGCGGUUUAGGUAG